CCAAAGCUCUCAGCAAACUGCAACGUAUUCAAAGCUUUCUCUUCUUUUGAGUUCCUUGAUAGUUCUUUUUCUUUUCUCAUCUAUACUAAAACUAAAAGAUCAUGGCUAUUCUUCGUAUGAUCAAGAAGUCUUCCGCAACAAGAGAUACUCCCAAAGGCCAUUUUGCUGUGUAUGUUGGAGAGAUGCAGAAAAAGAGAUUUGUGAUCCCGAUAUCAUUCUUGAACGAACCUUUAUUUCAAGACUUACUUAGUCAAGCUGAGGAAGAAUUUGGCUUUGAACAUCCAAUGGGUGGUGUGACUAUUCCCUGCAGUGAGGAUUUGUUCAUAGAUCUCACAUCUCGAUUGAGGAAGUGAGAAGGAAAUCAGUCCCCAUUUUGUUAAUUACACAAUUUUGUAUAGUUGAGUAAGCCAGGAUCUCCUUGUGUACAGUUGAGAGUUAGAAGAAACACUAGGUAGAGUGAAAACGCAUUUUUCUACUUCAAAAGAAAUUGAAGAAUUGAAACUUUUUACUUACCUGGUUCCAUUCUAUUCCAUACAUUGAUGUAAUCAAUUAAU